AUGACCUGCCUGCUGCCGCAGCCCCCUCUGGCUCUCAAAGCCUCGACAACCUACUCUGCUGCCGCAGCCCUUUCUGGCUGUCAAAGCCUCAAUGACCUGCGCUGCUGCCACUGCCUCUUCUGGCUGUCAAAGCCUCAACAACCUGCGCUGCUGCCGCUGCCCCUCCUGGCUGUCAAAGCCUCGAUGACCUGCUCUGCUACCACUGCCCCUUCUGGCUGUGACAGCCUCGACGACCUGCUCUGCUGCCACAGCCCCUUCUGGCUGUCAAAGCCUCAACAACCUGCGCUGCUGCCACUGCCUCUUCUGGCUGUCAAAGCCUCAACGACCAGCACUGCUGCCACUGCCUCUUCUGGCUGUCAAAGCCUCAACGACCUGCGAUGCUGCCGCUGCCUCUUCUGGCUGUCAAAGCCUCAACGACAUGCGCUGCUGCUGCUACCCCUUCUGGCUGUCAAAGCCUCGAUGACCUGCUCUGCUGCCACUGCCCCUUCUGGUUGUCAAAGCGUUGACGACGUGUGCUGCUGCCACUGCCUCUUCUGGCUGUCAAAGCCUCAACGACCUGCUAUGCUGCCACUGCCCCUUCUGGCUGUCAAAGCCUCGACAACCUGCUUUGCUGCCGCAGCCCCUUCUGGCUGUCGAAGCCUCAACGACCUGCGCUGCUGCCACUGCCCCUUCUGGCUGUCAAAGCCUCGAUGA